GCACCCAAAAGCGAGGGAAGGAAAAAUACAAUUUUCGGCACCAGAAAUAAUUAGGAAAAAAAACGACAAUUUUGGUUUUUUAUUGUCCCUAUUUUUUUGGUCUAGGGUUCGCUGCAGAAGCGGAGGAGAACGAGGAAGAUUUUUCGAAGGAUUUUCGGGAUCGGAGAAUUUUCUCUCGCUCUCGUUCUCUCGCCGGAAUUCGACGCUCUUUCAGGGUAUGGUCAUCGAUUACAGUUUCUUGUUUCGGUUUCAGCUGCUGAUUUUGUUCGUUUUCGUAUUUGUACGUGGCUGUGCUCGCAGUAUGAUUGGUCGUGCCUUUUCGGGUUUGGAUAGAUGACGAUGGCGGUGAUUUUCGAGCGGGGGCAUUUCGAUCGCGAUCUAUGCUGUUGGAGAAAUUGAGUUUUGAAUUCAGGCGUUGUCCGUUUAGUUAAUCGGAUGGUUAAGAGUGUGUUUUCGGGUGUCUUUUGAUCUAGGAGGGCUCUGGCGCCCUCAUGUGUAAGCAGGGGCUUGAAUUGGAGUCGGAGUCCUUGAACAGUCAGAACCAGGCAGUGGGCGGGAUGGAGAAUUCCUUGGCGACGGCCGAUGACGUUCCCCGAGUGAAGUUUCUUUGCAGUUUCGGGGGUAGUAUCCUCCCCAGGCCGCAGGAUGGGAAGCUGAGGUAUGUGGGAGGAGAGACGCGCAUCGUCAGCGUCUCUCGGGACAUCAAAUUCGUGGAAUUGAUGGCGAAGAUGAAGGAGUUGUUCGAUUCAGUCUCACUAUUGAAGUAUCAACAGCCUGAUGAGGACCUCGACGCCCUGGUAUCGGUCGUGAAUGAUGACGACGUGAUCAACAUGAUGGAGGAGUACGACAAAUUUGGACAAGGUGAUGGAUUUACUCGGCUUAGGAUGUUCCUAUUUUCUCAUCCUGAUGAUGAUGCUUCUUUAUUUGAUACGGAUGAGAGAGAGACGCAGCGUCGGUACGUAGACGCGUUAAACAGCUUGAGCGAUCCGUCAGACUUCACUAGGCAGUCCGAGGUCAGUGGACAGAGUGAUAGGCUCCAGCUUGCGGAGCAGUUCUUCAAUUCGAUGCACUUUGAUAACAUGAGGAACUGUGAGGUGGUCGUUCCACAAUAUAACGCCCACCCGAUCGGUGUUCUUCAUCAGCCACUUAUCGGGCAUUGCAAUGGCUCGGUUGUGUACCAAGAACACGAGGUUGGUUUUCAAGGCUUGCCACAAAUAAAGCCACUGGGAGUGGCUAGUGGACGAGAAGUGCAGCCGCAGAUGCACACACCGAGGUAUAAUGAGAUGGAGAUGCCAUGGAGUCCUGCUUAUUAUUCGUCUGGGCAUCAGCCUUCUAGUGACUCGAGGGCUGUGUCAGAAUUCUGCUCUUCUCCUUCGACUGGCCGCUAUCGCAUGGCAUUUGAUCUUCAUGAGAGAGCGUUUGAUGAAUGCAGUAAUGGACAAAAUGUUGGUCCUUUUGCUGCAGCGAACCAUCAGACUGCUUACGACCACCCUGUAGCUCUUGUCGAUAACUUGCCUCAGAUGCAACAGGGCACUGCUGUGGCAGCUGAGUGCAAUGGGAUUCAAGUUCCUGCAGGCAACCAGCAGCCUGUGUUUGAUGGAAUUAGCAAAUGCGAGCCUAGUCAUUUUGCUCUCAUGCGAAAUCAAGCUUUUCUUGAGUCGCAUUAUCCAGAUGGUCGCUGGAAACACGUCCAUACCCAGCUGGACCAGGCAAGUGAAAGCACUAAGUUCUGUGAUCGCUGUAGAGAAUACUAUUCAAGAAAGGAGACAAUCUUGUUCAAUGGUGAUGCAAAGGAGAAUGGGGUUUACUCCAAAGAUCAAAACGAAUCUCAUCAUAACCUUGGUGAAUGUUAUGGCCAUGAGAGAGGAUGGAUUGCACAUCGCUUAAAUAAUUGGCCAGAUGAGUCUAGAAACCAUAUAUCUGGACCACGAAGAAAUAAUGAACGAAAUGUUCCAUUCCCACCCAGCUGUCAUGACAACCUUCCUUUGCCUCUGAACUACAUGAACCAUGAAGAUCCCAACCAUAUCAAUUCUAUCGGGGAAUUCAAUAAUGAAGGCAGUGUAGGUCUUGUUCCUCAUAUGCAAUCCCCAGUUCUUGAUGACAUUGGAAUGGGAUAUGGAAAUUUUGCUGCUGUAUCUAGCAAGGACGAUCAAUUCCAUGGUCCAGUUGGGCCUGCAUACACAUUGCACAAGAUUGGGCCGGCGGUUGUUUGUGGAAGCCCAGGCUAUGAGUUAUCAGAUUUUCAGCAACAGCCAAAUUGUGCUCUCAACUCGGGGUUUUUGAAUACUGCACCGGUGGGAAGUCCAAGGUUUUCUUGUGUACCACCAGAUAAUGACAAUGCUAGGAUUCUGCAAUCUGGAAGUCCACAUUCGAUUAAUCCCUUUGAUGCAUCUUCAGCUGAUCAUGCUCUAUAUAUGAACAGGAACGUUGUUAAUGAACAAAACUACACCAUGCUUCAUUUUGAUGGUGGCAAAGAGCCGAAUGCUGGUGCUGCUGGAGUGUGUAUGGAGGCAGUUGUGGAUGCUGGGUGCGAUUCUCCUAAUUGUCAGAAGCCUGUGAAUUUGUCACAAAAUAAUAGGGGCUCCAAUUUCUUAGCUCCAAUAUCUAUCCAACCUCAAGGAGAUUUGAUUGGUUUUGCUGAAAGUAAAGAACCUCAAGACGCUACAUUUUCAUCUAUAUCCCGGAAUCAUGAUACAGUAGGUUCUCCCAUUUCUGCAUCCCCACUCAAGAACAACAUGGAUGCCAUUGGAUCAGAAAGAUUAUCAGAAACAGAAAUGACAGUCCAAGAGGUGUACCAGCCAAAACAAGCAGCAAUUUCAAUCGAGCCUGAUGCACGUGGUACUCAUAUUCCUAACAGUAGUGAUGGUGUAAGACCUGGUCCUGGGGAUGCUCUUGAUUCAUCAAAAAAGAUGGAACUUUCAUCUGAAUGUUUGAGUUUAAUACCCGAGCUGAUGGCAUCAAUGAAGAAAGCAAAACUGGAAGGACUACAACAGAUUCAAGGCCGAGGAGGUGAUGGCUCUGAUCUUCACAAAGAGCAAAAUCAUACAGGGGAGGCACCUGACGCUGAAUCACUUAGAUCAUCCCUCCAUGAGGAUGAAGAUCUUAAUAGUGAUCAUCCCAAAGCAUCUAAGAUUGAGAUGACUAGUGCAGAAGCAGAAGCUCUAGAAAGAGGAUUACAGAUGAUUAAAAACAAUGAUCUGGAAGAGAUCCGUGAACUAGGAUCUGGUACUUAUGGUUCUGUCUAUCAUGGUAAAUGGAAAGGUUCUGAUGUUGCAAUUAAACGGAUUAAACCUAGCUGCUUUGCUGGAAGACCAUCUGAGCGAGAACGAUUGAUUGCAGACUUUUGGAAAGAGGCUUUGAUUUUGAGUUCCUUGCACCAUCCAAAUGUUGUAUCAUUCUAUGGUGUUGUCCGUGAUGGCCCUGAAGGAUCAUUGGCUACUGUAACAGAGUUUAUGGUUAAUGGGUCCCUAAAACAAGUCCUACAAAAGAAAGAUAGAACAAUUGAUCGCCGUAAACGCUUAAUCAUUGCCAUGGAUGCGUCAUUUGGUAUGGAAUAUUUGCAUGGGAAGAACAUUGUCCAUUUUGAUCUGAAGUGCGAAAACCUAUUGGUGAACAUGAAGGACCCUCAUCGGCCUGUAUGUAAGAUUGGAGACUUGGGCCUAUCAAAGGUACGGCAACAUACUUUAGUUUCUGGCGGUAUUCGUGGAACUUUACCAUGGAUGGCACCUGAGCUUCUAAAUGGAAAGAACAACAUGGUGACGGAAAAAAUUGAUGUAUACUCGUUUGGGAUUGUCAUGUGGGAGCUACUUACAGGAGAAGAACCUUAUGCAGAUAUGCAUUGUGCCUCUAUAAUUGGUGGGAUUGUGAAUAACUCAUUACGUCCACAAGUACCUUCUUGGUGUGAUCCUGAAUGGAGAUCUUUGAUGGAGAGGUGCUGGUCGUCAGAACCAAGUGAGAGACCAUCAUUUGCAGAAAUCUCUCAGGCACUGAGGAAAAUGUUUGCAGUGCUCAGUGGAAAGUGAUGUGGCACAUCUGAUUAUGUAGAUUCUAGAAGUCUCACUCUCCUUUUCCCUUUCCCUGUAUAUCCACAUUUUGUUUUCAGAAAACCUUAGGCUUGUGUAUUGAAUACUUCAUUGUUGAAAGACAUGCAUACUCAGGUUUGUUUAGGAUGCGCCAUGUAUGCAUCUACAUGGUACUGUCUAGUAGAGUAUCUGGGCAACUAGAUGCCCUGCAGCUAUCUUGUAAAGUACAAUUUCAAUCACGAGAUAUGAGUGCUCAAUCUAAAUAAAACCAUCUUUAUUGCUGUGGAUAUGGAGUUGUAUAGAUCAUGUGCAGUUUUCUGAAAUUCAAAAUAUCAUGCAGCAUAGUUCAGUACUGGUGGAAGCUGUUUCUGAAGAUGUAAAUCAAUUUUGUGUUCUGUUGGUUGUGGUCAGCCAUGCAGAGAAUGGUAUCCUGCAUCAUGUUAGGUCUGGACUUGGAAAUCUGGUUCAAAAUUUUGUGUAAUCCAGUUUUUGCAAUGAAAUCAGAUCUACAACAGUUUUCAUUUUUCUGAGUAAAAUUUCAGGUGAAGAUGUAUAAAAUUAGACAUAAAUAUUAAUAUAUAUGUUUCUACAUUCUUGAAGUUAAAA